AUGACUGAAACUGUAAAUCAGUUACUAAGUCGCGUUGUUCCUGUUUGCACAUGUGUUAAUUCGUACCAUAAUAUUCUGGGAAGACAAUUUUGGGUGUUUCCAACUAUUGCAGACGAACUAAGUGUAGAAGACAAUGCAAAAUACCAGUUUUAUUCUAAUGUUAUAUGCCCAGUUCAAGAACUACUAGGAGGAGCAAGAUUUCGUCCGAGAUGUACUGGAAUGUUGGAUGUUCCCGAUUUCAUUUUAUGCACUAAUAACCUUACAACGGCCAAGAUGCUUGUGGAGGUUAAAACUCAUCACAAUUUGAGGUUAGGUGAUCAUAACCUCUGGGAAGUUUAUCGAUAUGCCGACCGGAAUCAAAUAGAGGAUGAAAAUUUUCAAUUUAAAAAAAGAAUUUUAUCUCAACAAGCUAUUAAUGACAAUGUUGGAAAUAGAUUGGAUCCUAAGAGGAAGAGUUCUUUGGAUCUCGGUAGUAGGAAGAGAGUGAUCGCAUCAUCUUCCAAAAGAGUCACUAGAAUAGGUGAAUACAUAGAGCAAGAAGCGACAAAAAUGCUAAAACAUGAGGCUCAUGUUUAUUCCAUUUUGAAAGAAUGUCAAGGUCGUGCUAUUCCACAUUUGUUCCAUCAAGGUUAUAUUUAUGACAGAUAUCUUUUUGC